AGCGAGUAUUAUUUUUAUCCUUCCCUUGUUGCGCUGGAGAGACUUGCGUACGUCUGUAUUCUUUUGCGAGAGGAGGACAGACACGACAGCAGCACCAACACCAAAGAAUAGAGCUGGCGGGUACAAUACAGCAGCCGUUCUUUCCCGUAAGUCGUAGGCUUACAUCGCAGCAGAAACUCUGUCCCCUCUCUUUUGCACGGGCACACCGUUAGUUUACACCAUAGAUAGAAUUAUAAAACUAAGAAAAGAUCGAAGAGGAAAGAAACUCAGACCUCGUUUCCUUUUUCCUCAUCUCUCUUGCUUUCUGUAGAGUACUUUAGAAAAAACCACUUCCCAGCUUUCCAAACAGGGUGGAGAAGAGGGAGGUAUCAGAAGCCCUAAAUCGCCUUUUUUCCUGGCCUUCACCGUGCGGCUCACCGUCGCUUUUCGCUUCAUAUUUCUCCUCACUCCAGAGGCCCACACCGUUCGGGUUGAACAACACAACAAAACGGCCGUGCCAUACACGCACCUGCUUUCUACGUCGGCUCUAUCCCGGGACUGCUGCUAAAAGAAAACUAAGCAAGUAGAGAAGAAAGAAGGCGUUGUCCGAGAGAGAGAGAGAGAGAUGGAGAUGCACACACCAGAGCCGCGACGCACCCGCAACAGCGGCGGCGGGGCGGAGGGCGUCACACCGAAAGCGGAGCCCGUCAGCCCCACCCCCGCCUCCGCCCCUCGCGCCGGCUUUCUGCGACGGGGCGACAACGCCGCCACGGCCACCACGCUGCACGGCGCCCUCGCCGCCGGUCCGUCCGUGCUCUUAGACGACGACGCCGGCACCGCCGUGGCCGUGGACGCGUCACCGCCGCCGAGCCAACUGACGCAGUCGUCGCACUCGCAGCUGCCACCUGGGCAGACGCGGCUGCCUCGUCAGCGCCCGCGCUUCCACACCGUGCAAGACCUCGAUGUGGCACUGAACCAAGCAAUCGAGGGCAAGAUCAACAGCCGCAACGCGUGGGUGAGCAAGGAGGCGAGCGACCUUCUCGAAGGCAUCACACACACCAUUGAGACGACGCUCGACGCGGCCUCGGCGGACGACUACGCCGGCUUUGCGAAGGCGGCCACGGUGGUGGAGGGCUGCUCGAAGGUGUGGACGAGUCGGGUGGACAGCACGUACCAGCAGAGCAACCAAAUGGUGCAGCGCCUCCUCCGCGGAGACGACGCCUCAGGCAAGGCGCCCGGUGAGGACGGCGAGGACGGAGAGGGAGCUGACGAGAACGGCGAUGAGGCGCAGCGCAAUAAGAGCCGCUCGCGCAGUGCAGCAGCAGCGGCGGCGGCGGCCACCCGCACGCUCGCCUUGGAUGCGACGGAGAUCAACCUCGACAGCAAGAGUCGCACCGCGCUGACGCAGACAGGCGUGAACGCGCAAUUCCGUGCCAUCACCUCGAAGUUCGACCAGGGCAACGCGCAAGGCCUGUUGAUGAACAACGCGCCUUUUGGCAGGGCGGGCAACAUUAUUUUAGAUGUGGAUUAUUCCUUGCUGCCGGCCUCGGUGAUGGCAGCGGGUCGGGUGAGUGGUGGACGGGGCAGCGGGCAGCGGGGACGCAAGCAUACGGCAGGUGCAGAGCCCUCGGCCCUCACCUCGCUCAAUGGCAGCAACAACGAUGCUGAGCUGAGUGCGGACUCCGAUCCGACUGCCGUUGCGUCGCGCACGUCGCAGCACGCCGCUGUUGAGCACGACGCGGCCGUAUACGAAAGUGUUGGCGAUUUCCCACCGUACGCCGGCGUUGCGGUGACGACUGGGCUGGACGCAACUGCCUCCCAAUCGAGUUCGCCCCUCCAACCCUCCAGCGCACGCGGCUCCCUCGCCGUCUCUCAGCAUGGCGGCGCGAUGGACAAGCUGAACAGCGAUCCACGGGCAAGUCAAAUGAGCCAACUUGACCCGCUUCUGCUGCUUCCCCACACCUCUUCCUCUGCCUCGUCUUCUGCAAUUCCAACCCUCGAGGACGGACACCGACGCUCCUCCUUCAAGACGGAGCCAAACAACUUGGGAGGAAGUCGCGCAGAAGGCCCUGUGGGAGGUGUGGAUGAAGGGGCAGAGGAGGACGAGGACUACGGAGACUGGGGGGCUGGCGGUGGUGCCGAUGACGAUGACGAGGCCACGCCGUACACGGCAGAUCAUCCGCGCGUUGAGGCCGACAACUCGGACUGCGGUACUCCUACCACUAACACCGGCGGUGUCACUGUUGCUGCUGCUGCCGCGCGCGACUUGGGCCUCGAGGCACGUCACCUCGUCUCGGGUGUGACGGAGAUGGAGGCGAUGGACACCCUCUUCCACGGACACACUCAGCUUGCCCUGGAGGCGGAGGAUCCGACGUCGUGGUGCCCGUUAAGCGAGGUGGCGAAGAAUCCGCUGGCGGCCGGGCUGGGCAGGUCAGAGCUGUCACGGCUGCACCGCGAGCACCACUUUACGCAGCCGCAGAAGCAGCAGGCGGGGCCGGCAGGUGCUGCUGCUGCUGGUGGUGGCAGUGGCAUGACCGGGACGGAGUCCCUCCUCAAAUCGGAGAGCCCGACCAGCCCGGCCACGAAGAGGGGACGAAAGGAACGUACGGUGAUGUUUCAGCUCCCCGACAGCGCCAGUCUUCACGGCUCUUCGGGGUCCGGUCUCGUGGCCUUCUCCACCACAGCGGAGCUACUCGAGGACGGUGCGCUGCGACAGGCCACGACGGCGGCACGCAACAUCACAUCGCUAGGGAAGCAGCUGUUACUCGCGAAGGACGCGGCGCACAGCGUGGUCGCUUACACCCAGAGCACCGUGCAGCGCGCCAAGGCAGAGGAAGCCGGUCUCGUGCUAGCAGAAGCGCCCAUCCCCGGCAAAACCAUCCCCUCCUACAUGUCCUACCCUCUUCACACGCAGGACUUCUUUCAGCCCUUUUCCACGUCCCUCACGCAGUGGAACCUGCUGCGGAAGUCGGCCACGGGGCGGCUGAUUGAGAGCAACGCCGGCGCGGAUGGGACGGAGUCCGCCGCAGCACCGCCAAACACGACGGCCAGGGACGGCGGCAGUGCGGGUCACCGACUGGGGUACUACGGCUCGGGGGAUGCGGUGGGCGCGAGGGCCUAUGACGACGAUGACGGCACUGGCCACCACAACCGCGAGGGUGACAUGCCGGUUGAGUUCUUCCCUGGAGGGGCCGAGUUGGAGGGUGUGGACGGCGCGGAGGCCGGCGGCGACUACGCCGACUACGCGGACGUCUACGGACCGGAUGAUGAUGGCAACGACAACGUGGCGGAGGAGGAGCGGCGGUACGUGCAGGAGGGCUUCCGUAGCUCGUCCGAUGCACGCCUGGUGGCGCAGGUGGAGCUGGCAGCCGCCACCACAGCAGCAGCGUCGGCAACAAGAGGCUCCGCCGGCUCGGUGUUGUCUUCCUCUGCCACCUUCUCUGGGCGCAGCAGCGGCGACGGCGGUAACAACGCGGGGGGCUUGCUGGCGGACCCGAUGGAACUGCUGGCGGUGCUCGAUGCAGCGGAGGCGACGAUACCGAGUCAGGUGGACGUGGUGCGGCUGCGACAGCUUAUGUGGGAGGCACUGCAGGGUCACCUGUCAGCGAAUCAGCAAGACAAGGCGGUGGACUUGACGGCGCUGCGCAGUGAGGCGGCGGGCGCUAUUUUGACGGGUGCGGGUGGGGGAGAAGCGCAGGGGACGCGGAACGGUGUGCCGGUGACGACCCAGACGGCGGUGAAGGCACGCGCGCAGGCCGUUCUGAAUCGUAUUCGCAGGCGGACGCGUGCCGCCGCCGCCGCCGCGGACGAGGAGAGCAGCAGCGAGGAAGAUAAGGUGGAGAAGGAGGCAACGGAGAAGGGAGGAGAGGAUGAAAGGCGGUUGCCACGGCGCCGGUCGGGCGAGACGGGCGUGGCGGACAUCGCCGUGACAAGGUUUAGCGACGUGGUGCGUUCGGUCCUACCGCACAUUGCCGCUGUCUCCUCCACCAACACCUUGUCCCCGGCGUUCUUCUUCUUUUCGGUGCUGUUUCUGGCGAAUGAGCACAACGUAGUGCUGCAGAGUGUUGACUCCUUAGAUGACCUGCGCGCGUGCGGGAUUGCGCGUCGCGUAGGCGAGUGA